AUGGAAUCACUGAUCUGGGAUGACAGCUGGGUCCCCACUGAGCUUUCAAAGAUCAUAUCGUACUUCCAAGGGCAUUCCACCAUCCCCAUCCCCCCACUCUCGGGCCUGCCGUUGGAGGCCAUCCAAAGCUGUUGCUCCGGGAUUGAAAACUGGAUCGAGUACCGAGAAACCCUCACAAAAAAUGAGGAGAAAAAACAGGCGGGGAUCUCCCCGACAUCUACAUCCCUCUCGUCAUCACACAGGUUUCGCAUACUUCCUGCGAGGCGUAUGUUUCAAGGCGUUUUCUUUGGGCUCCUUCAGACAAGGCUAGCCCUAAUGUGGACGCAGUACUCGUCUAACUUCCCAGCAUAUCCAAAUCCUGUGGAGAUCCCCAGUCGUCCACAGCGAGUACAUGGACACAAGCGCGAGAUCCAGUACUGGGUGCAACAGUGCCGUCUCGCCCUCCUCGACUACACCCCUGCAGGUCAGGAAAGCGGAUUUAUUGCCGAAAUAACGCACCAGCCCCAUGAAGCGGAUGGAAGCGUUCUUCCCACUUCGCUCCUUGCUGGCGACGCAAAUCGGCUUUUAAAUAAAGCCAAAUCAUUCGAGACGCUUGCUGGCCAGUGCCGCUUAGGAGCGAAUAUCCUUUAUGCCGCAUGGGGCCUCCGUCAGAUUCUCGAGUUAGGAUCUGAGUGCCUGCAUGAACACAUCCAAUGGACGAAAGAUGAAAACUCUCCGUUCAUAACGUUGGCACUGGCUGUCUGCGUUUCUCCUCUUGUCCUUCUGAUGGACACCACCAUGAAUCGGGCUGGCACCGUUCCCACAUGGACGUCGCUGGCGUCGCAUGUCUGUCAGGGGGCCCCCUUCCCCUCUAUUUCCGGUGGGGAGGUUGUGAUGGAGAACGCGAUCCUCCAAGUGGUGCCCCCAAGCCCCCCUCCGGACGUUGACCGGAUGCAAGAAGACGGUGUUGACCUCCAAAAACGAAAGCGCACGUGCUCGCAGCACUCUGUAGGCCACUCCGACGGGUACAAGGCCCAAGCCACUCGGGCGUCGAAGAGGAGAAAGGGAAAGAAGAAGGCCAUGGCUGAAGACAAGUCGAUGGAGGAUGGCACAGCUGCCACUGUCACGAAGGGGUCCACCUCCAGAGGGGGGAUGAUGACUGGCCUGGUCGUCCCUGACUCCACUUCGCGUGUUCCCAACUCUACCCCGCAUCCUUCUUCUUCUCACCACUCGACCGAAAAGGUGUUGUAUAGCUUCACCUUCUCUUGCGUCUCCACCAAUGAUGGUAUGACUUGUGAAUGGAACGAGGAGACAUUCCAGUUCCCUAGCAAGCCUGAUUCCGAACCCAUCCUCGUGCUAAAUCGCUUGGUAUCAUCCGUCGCUUGGGACUCAACCUGGUCCCCCCACGCAAUGGUGGAAGCUGAAGCGCUCACCAUGUCUCCCGAGGAUUUCCAAUCUUUGGUAAACGACGUGGGCCUCCUUGUCUUGGUCGGGCCUCCCAGCGAUACCGUGCUGGACCGUUCCCUUCUCCUCUCUCGGUUGAGCAAGGCAGCUCACGUUCAAUGCUUCAAUUCUGACAGCUCCAGAUCAGGGGAGGAUGAUGAACAGUCGUGGGAGCCACUGCCACAAGUGAUUGACGAACUCACUGAUUGGCGAACUUCACGGCCGUUGGUCGUACACCACCUCAAGGGGGUUGUCCGUCUUCCUGUGGAAAGCCUCCUCAACUCUCUCGACGGUCUCCUGUUCGAGUACCUCGACGAACGUGGAGGCGAUCUUCCGGAAGAUUACAACUCUUGGAGGACACCGAUGCUGGCCACCGUGGGGUCGUUUACGGCUCCACACCUGGAUGAAGAUGGGGUCGGCACCGUCCUGCAUUGCAUUGCAGGUUACAAGCUGAUAUUCUUCCCCAUUGAAUUGGAGGUCCCCUUGAUCGUUAAGUACGACGACUUGGAUACCCAAGGUAGCAUCGGAUUCGAGUACCUGUUCCACUCCCCGAACCGGUUUGGCAUCAUGGCCCCGGGCCAGGUCCAUUUUGUCUUCAUGGUGUCAAAGGAAGACAAGGGAGAGUUGAGCGUAGGGGCCCUGAUGCAAGGGUCAUUUUUCCUCUCGCCCCGAUGCAUGGUUCGAUCUUUGCACGCAAGUUGGGUGGACCGACUCCUUCAGUCGCAAAGGGGCGGCCCCAUGGAUAGGAAACGGAGGUCGAUUGGGGGCACGGUGUGUGAUCCACCAUUAUGCCGUCUGCACCCGGAGGACUUUAGCCAAUUCAGGCGUGAAUUCAGCAAAGUUCGGGCUGCCAACCUGCAGGAUGGUGGUGACAUGUUCACUGCCAAAGACGUGGAAUCACUUCGUGGCUCCAUGAAGGCUGCGGUCCAGGCGAUGAUGGACGAGGGGAUCCUCAAAUAG